AUGGCCAGCACGAACCAACCAUCAGCAACCCCAAACGACUGCCUCCUCCUCUUCUCCUCCGCCAUCUCCGCCCAGCCCGGAUCGAUCACCCAGCGAUCAACCCUCACCAAACUCAAAGACACCCUCGAUCGCAACCCAGCCUUCAUCCCGAUACUCUAUCCCUCACUGCUCUCACUCAUCUCCACCAACGCAAACCAGCAACUAUACUAUCGCACAUGGAUCUCAUCCGUCAUCCAAAUGGCCAUCUCAAAAACUACCCUCUCCGCCGAUCAAAGGCUCCAGAUUGUACUCCAAUCAACAGAAACAAUACAUCGACUCAUCACCCUCCAGGACCCUUCAGAUCAUCAGCUGAUCCAAACCAAGAAAAUGGCCAUCCAAGCAUUCUCAUCCGCAUACCCCAUCCUAUUCAAGCACACCUGCACCAAAUCAACCACAACCAACGACUCAAAACAGUGGGGUCUAUCCAACCAGAUCAAGGGCACCAUCCUCAGCUUAUGGAGGAACGAGAACAGCUCCCUGGGCAUCAGACUCGCCGCUAACAAGUUCGUCCAACGGGUCAUCCAAGUCGGCACACGCGGCCUAAUCGACCCCCGGAAACGGAACGAAGACCCCAGUAUCGUCAUGUGUGGAAGUAGUAGUAGCGCUCAGCAGCAUCCCUACUUGAAACCUAAGGAGCUCGAACAAGAAGCUAAUAACUUGCUCGAAGAAUCUACCCGGAUCAUGUUUCAAUCAAAGAUACCCGAACUGGUAGCCGCCAUCGUGAUUUCAUUGGGCUCACUGGUUCGACUUCGACCUAGUCUAUCACCUAUCAUUAUGACCGCACUAGCAAGCUAUAAUCCAUCAACCUCACCACUCGUAUCGCGAACUAUCAGCGUCUUACAGUUAAAAGGAAUCGAAAAGACCUUGCGGAUCACCCUCUCCCACCUCGAUCGCAACACACCUGCCUCACCUUAUACUCAACAGAUCAGGGAAGCACUGGUCAAUCAAACCAAACGAAUUGAGGAGUUGAAUGAGAAAGAACGCGAAAGGAAACGGCAGAGAAAGGAAGAAGAAAUGUGCGCGAAGAAGCGUGCUCGAGUCACUCAACGUCCUGAGAUUCAAGAAAUCAAUCCUCCUCCUGUCCAGAUGAUACACCCGACAAUCAUAUCGACCAACCAACUACCCGGCUUUGAUGUGACGAGCUUGCCGGUAGAACUGGUGGCUGAGCUGGUCAUUGCAAACUUGCAAGUCUUGAGCGAUCAAGCACUGAAUAAUGCCAUUAAUGUUUAUCUCUCUAGCAUGCAUGGAGAACGGUCUAACGUACUCAACGAACCACCAUCUAUUGGCCAAACACAAUCAAAUCUCUCUCAACCGCCACAUCCAACGGCCGUAACACAGCCUCUCGAUCAUCCUCAUUUCAUCCCUCCUGGCUCACCUGUUCGCCCGAAGAUGGAAAUCGACUCGCCCUCAUCCAAAAUAGAUACAGAAAGCUCCCAUCAGCAAUUGAUUGAAUCCUCAAACUUGAAUAAGUCAGAAGAUACUUUAGAGAAUGAUGUGGCCAUGGACGACGAGGAACUAGUUUUACAGCCGAAUCCGGAUCUCGAAGAAGGCGAGACAGAGGCCGGCGAUAAGCUGAUCUUUCCGGAAGCCUGGCAAACCGAUGCGCCCACCGAACUGAGUGAACUCAGUCGGAGGUUGAUGAUCAGAAUGACUCUCGAUCGGAUCGUUUCUAACGGCCUGAUAGCCGAUGGAUCGAAAGUUCAGAGUGGCGUUUGGAGCAUGCUACUAUCAAGAUUGGUCACCCGAGGGAUGUCCGGCAGUGGGGAUAGUACUGUCGAAGAAAUUGAAAUGCGAAAAGAGGACAUCAGACAGUCCUUAUUUCAGUUUGUCAUUGCUGAUUUUUCAAAUCGUGUGCACUUUGCCAGAGCAUGGUUGAUGGAGGAGUGGUUGGCUAAGCCCACUGACCCUAAUCAAUUUGAUCACCCCACUGAUUUGAUCAGUGCGACUCCCUAUGAACGGUGGCUCACAAUGACCUUAGACUACAUCGUCAAUAACGUUCCCCCCUCCAACCCUGUCCAAUCUGACUCCACGAGACCGGUACUCUCUGCCUUUUUGCUGGAUCUUCCCUAUGUAUCAGAGAGGGAGCUGAUGCGAUUACAGCAGAUGUGUCAAGACCCCAAUAAACUGACCGUUGGAUUUACAACAUUAAGAGACCUGACGGCCACGCGACCAACGCUCCGGAAUCGGACCCUGGACGUCUUACUGGGUCUGUCUACUCAUUCCCGGCGACAAACAAGGACGGCUGCGAUCAUGUCAGUCAAGAGUUGGGUGUCGCCGAACAAUCAGAUGAAUAAUCUUGGGGAGCGGGUCGUCAGCUUUGCUGUGCAGCUGUUACAGAAGUUGGAGAAAGGCGAAGAAGAAGUAGAGGCAGAAGGCAAUGAGAACAAAAUGUUGGCAGCUGAGGCUAAGGCCGGGACGAUCAAGAACGAAGCCAAUGAUCGACAGCAGGAAGUCGAGAUGGAGGACGGCGAGACAACCGAAUGGGAGGCCGCUCGACAAUCAACUCCAGAGCCUCCGAUCACGUUUGCUAAAGUUCAGAAUGCCGUGAUUCUUUCCGGCCUUGGCAAAGUGAAGACUGAAGAUGUCGUUGUUCAACAUUUAGAACUCUUACUUGCACUCUCCGCAAAGAAUCCCGAUCUACUUGAUCAUUUAUUCCGGUCAUAUCCACUGAUGCCUGGCCAAGUUCAAGAAUCCGUGAAUGAGCUGAUCACCCCACUUGUACGAACCUUGGGAGGCAAACACCCGAAGAUCGUCUCACUAAUCCAGAACUGCCUAAGUGGAUCGGAGUCAUUAGUCUUAAGGAUCUUAUCGAUCCUGACGGAGAAGGGCAAACCACCGGCAGGGAUUAUCGAAGCCGUCAAGAACCUGGCCUCGAAGUCGAGCGAUCUAUCACCACGAUUCAUCAUCCCGAUGAUCGGCGAGCUGACGAAGAGCGAGAUCAUCCACCAUCUACCUCGGAUCCUGACCCUGUUGAACGGCAAGCCGGACGAGAAGAAUCUCGUCCGAUCGGUCUUUGACUUGAUCAUCCAACAACCUCCGACCAACUUCGGCUCUGUCUCGACCAACGCACCCAGGGUUAAACAGUCCGAACUCUUGACGCCGGUCGAGCUCUUGGUGCUCAUCCACAGGACCGAGGAUGCACAGUAUUCUAUCAAACAGGCUAUCGAAGCUAUCGGUCUUUGUUUCUCGAUGACCGAGGUCUUCAAACCUGAGGUCCUCGCCGCCUUCAUGCAACAAGUGGUUGAUGAAUUGACCCUUCCCACGCUUUUCUUGAGGACGGUGAUCCAAGCCGUUCAAACCUACAAAUCCUUGCAAGCUUUCGUCUCAACGACUCUCUUAUCAAGACUGAUCUUGAAGAAGAUCUGGACUCAGCCCCAGCUAUGGGAAGGCUUUAUGCGAUGUGCCAAGAUCAUCGCCCCUCACAGUUUUGGUGCUAUCCUCCAGCUGCCUAGAGAUCAGCUGAAAGAGUUGGUCGGUAAACAGGCAGGCCUUAAGGCCCCUCUGAGAGAUUACGUCAAUAAAAAGGCAGGAAAUAACAAAGGACGAGUGACGAGCCUGUUGGAAAUCUUGAGCGACACGAACCCGAAUUCGCCCAAACAGCCACCAGCAGCGGACGCGAUCCCAAUGACGCCUACAGGAGUGACGAGCAUGGGGGGGACGCCGCCGGGCUCAGCAGGAUUCGGAUCGAUGUCGACGGCGAGUGGUUUUGCGACGGGUGGGAUGGUCGACGGCGCGCCGGGUACGCAUCUCCCUCUUGGCCCGAUCCACCUGGGCUCGCUCGGCGAUGACCGCGGUCUUUUCCCGGACUUGGCCAGACAUCACGCCGACAUCGUUGGCCCUCACGCCCUCCCUCUGCGCCCUCCCCAUACCCUCCCCUUGAACCCCUCGGGGCUCCCCCCAUCUGUCGGCCACGACCGACUCAGAAUGGUCCCCGCUGAGCCGUCUCCUUCCGUAGACGGAAUUCCUAUGGUUGAUGGCCCCCCCAAUCCGCACUCGCAGAACUCUACCACUACUCCUACUAACAACAGUAAUCCUCAGAAUAACGAGAACAACCAUGCCAACAACAACGGGAAUAACAACAGCGGCGGUGGUAACUCUUCUGAUCCUACCUUGUUGAUUCCGGCCGCCGUCGGAUAA